AUGUUGGAAGGGCUUGUUGCCGGCCUGCUGAACCGCUUCCUGGGCAUGUACGUCAAGAAUUUUGACCCCACACAGCUCAAGGUCGGUAUUUGGUCCGGCGAUGUCAAGCUGCGCAACCUCGAGCUGCGCCGUGAGGCCCUUGACCAGCUCAAGCUCCCCAUCAACGUCGUGCACGGCCACCUCGGCGAACUGACACUCGUCAUACCCUGGUCCAAUAUCCGCGGCGCUCCCGUCAAGGUCUUCAUAGAAGAUGUCUACCUGCUCGCCAGCCCUAAGGAGGAGGCCGAGUACGAUGAGGACGAGGAGGAAAGCCGCCGUCAGCGCGUCAAGAUGGAGAAGCUCGACAGCGCUGAAUUGCUCAAAGAACGAAACCGUGAGGGCAUGAGUGCAGAGGAACAACAGAAGAACCAGAGUUUUACGCAAAGCCUGGUAACCAAGAUUGUUGACAAUCUUCAAGUCACGGUCAAAAAUAUCCAUGUUCGAUACGAGGAUUCAAUUUCUGCGCCAGGCCAUCCGUUCGCCUUGGGACUCACUCUCGAGGAGUUCAGUGCUAUCAGCACCGAUGGCCAAUGGAAGCCGACAUUCAUCCAGGACUCGUCUCAUGUUACCCAUAAACUUGCUACCCUCGGCGCUCUUGCUGUGUACUGGAACACUGAUACCAGCUUAUAUGCCGACCAAGACCUAGACAGCAUUCCUCGCGAGCAAGUGCUGGCGCAAUUUCGAAAAAUGGUCGGCAAAUCAGAAGCAGUAUAUGGAAACCACCAAUACAUCCUACGACCCGUCAAUGGACAAGCCAAAAUCGAACUCGAUAAGAGCGGCGAUGUGCGAAUCCCGAAGUUCAAAGCAAAUCUACUUUUCGAAGAAAUUGGGUUGGUAUUGGACGACGACCAAUAUCGCGAUGCACUCAUGAUGGUAGACCUGUUCCAUUAUUUCAUCCGCCAUCAAGAAUAUAAGGCGCUCAAGCCCAAGGGCAUGACUGUCAAGCAAGACCCUCGAGCAUGGUUUCGAUUCGCUGGUAAUGCCGUUAUGGGAAAGAUUCACGAGCGAAAUCGCAAAUGGUCUUGGGACUACUUCAAAGAACGCCGUGAUGAUCGAAUACGUUACAUCGAGCUGUUCAAGAAGCAGAAACAGCAGCAGCAACUCACACCCGAAGAAAACGAAGACCUGUCGAAGCUGGAAUGGAAACUCGAUUACGAAGAUUUGCGCUUUUGGCGAUCGCUGGCGCGAAAUCAGCUCAAGAAGGAAGAUGCUGCGGCUCUUAAGCGGCCUCAACAACAGGAGCAGACCGGCUGGCUUGCCUGGAUGUGGGGAUCAAAGCCCGAGGGGAAUAUCCAAGAAAAUGAAGAAAACACGCAAAUGACGGAAGAGCAGCGAAAGGAGCUUUACGACAUGAUUGAUUGGGACGAGAAGACGGUGAUCGCUGAAUCUGUUGACCUGCCUAGGGAAGCUAUCAAACUCUGUCUGGAGGCUUCCCUUAGCACGGGUAGCUUCACGCUCAAGAAAAAUGCGAAUAACAGGCCCAUUGAUCUCCUCAGUCUUCACUUCGAUGUGUUCAAGGCAAAGGCUUUGCAAAGAACCGAUUCGACGCUGCUCAAUGUCAGCCUAGGAGGCUUGCGAGUUAAUGAUGGUACAACUGCUAAUAGCUUAUACCCCGAGAUUGUUCGCGUCAAAGAUGCGCCAUCCACAGAACGGCGAAAGAGAAUGUCUCUUCUCGAACUCGAAGCCUCGAAAGACGAGCCCUUCUUCUCAUUCGAAGUAGAAAAGAACCCCCUCGAAAGAGAGGGUGACAUUGCCAUUGUGGGAAAGCUGAAACCGCUCGAAAUUGUCUGGAACCCGAACGUUGUUGUUGGAAUCGUCGAUUUCUUCAGACCGCCGGAGCGACACCUUGAGUCAAUCACUGCUCUUAUGGAAUCCGCUGGUGCUACGGUGGAGGGCCUCAGAGAGCAAACACGAGCCGGUCUCGAAUUUGCUCUUGAAGAGCACAAGACAAUCAACGCCCAACUUGAUUUGCAAGCACCGUUGAUCAUCGUGCCCGUUAGCAUUACUACCCAUGACUCGACUUGCCUCAUUGUCGAUGCCGGUCAUAUUCAUGUCAACAGUGAACUGGUUGAGAAGAGCACCAUCAAGGAGAUACAGUCAAAGCAAAAGCAAUCUUAUAACGACGAAGACUUCAAACGCCUGGAGUCCGCAAUGUACGACAGAUUUCUCGUCAAACUUACGUCGACGCAAGUUCUCAUUGGCCCAUCCGUCAAAGAGACCAAGCAGCACCUCGCAGAAAGCGGAUCUCAAUUCCAUGUUGUUGAGCAAAUCAAUGUUGAUUUUGUGGUGGCUACAUCAAUCAUACCCAAGGCACCCAACUUGACCAAGCUGAAAGUAUCUGGCCACCUGCCCCUCCUACAUGUGAUGGUGUCGGACUCGAAAUAUAAAAACCUAAUGCGAAUCAUCGACGUCGCGAUACCGAAAUUGGGCGACGAAGUACCCCAGCCUGAACAAGUCCGCGCGUCACGCCCGCGGGCUAUCAGCUCCGUGUCCAACAAAUCCCGCCGAAAAACCGUACGAGAGCGCCGCCUCUCAUCGACCCUUGAUGUUCUACAGCCGCAUACUGCGGUUGUACUGGGAGAUAUAGAUGACGAGGAUGACGACAAUUUUCAGGAUGCCUCGGAUGGUACGGCCAAUCAGCACUUGAAAAUUCAGCAGCGAAUCUUCCAAUUUGACUUCAAAGUCGACACUCUCAAGGGAUCCCUGUUUCGAAGUGACCCUAAGAGAAGGAAUCCGGACACUCUGCUUGUGGAACUCGUGGCUGAGCGAUUUGACUUGACGUUCUACACCCGGCAGUACGACAUGGCUGCCGAGGUAUCUCUGGGUGCGGUGACUGUGGACGACUUCGUGGACAAUCCCUCCGAAGAAUUCAAGUCGAUAGUCUCGUCCGGAGACAGCGAAGAUCUACAGGCGGGUCGCAGUCUGGUCAAUGUCAAAUUCAUGAAAGUCAAGAAGGAGUCGCCAGAAUUUAUGCCCGUGUAUGAAGGAAUCGAGACCAACAUUACAACAUCGGUGUCAACCAUCAACUUGAUCGUAACAAGAAAGACGCUGCUCACCCUUUUGGAUUUCAUCUUGAUAACAUUCACAAAUCCUGAUGAAGAAUCGGAAGCCCAGCAGAUCACCCCACCCGACUCAGAAACAAGCUCGUCGGACGGAGAAGAGCAGCUAACAGAGGCCAACAAAAAUGCCGCUGCUGGCUCCAUCCGCGUCAAAGUUGACCUCAAGAGUAUUCGACUUAUCUUGAAUAACGACGGGAUCCGACUCGCGACGCUCUCCUUUAAUAAGGCGGACGUUGGGAUCUUCCUCCGCGGAAAGACGAUGCGCAUAUCUGCCAAACUCGGUGACUUGCAACUGCUCGACGACGUCAACCAGGGAGUCUCUGAGGAUUCGAAUCUUCGCAAGCUGGUAACCAUUCAAGGGGAUGACUUAGCCGACUUUAGAUACGAGACUUUCGAUCCUUCGAAUGUCAAGGCUUACCCAGGUUAUGAUAGCUCCAUCUUUCUGAGAGCUGGUUCUGUCAAGAUCAAUUUCCUCGAGGAGCCUUUCAGGAAAAUUAUUGACUUUCUUGUCAAGUUUGGCAAAAUGCAGGCUCUUUACAAUGCCGCUCGCCAAGCAGCCAUGAAUCGUGCCAACCAGAUUCAACAAAGUCCCAGCAAGAUCCACUUCGAUGUGGUGGUCAACACUCCUAUCGUCGUUUUCCCCAGAGUGGUUCUUCCUGGUGAAGCCAAGAGGGACGUCAUCACGGCCUAUCUUGGCGAGAUUUAUGCCCAGAACAAGUUUGCGCCUAUCGAUGACAGCGCAAACGCAGGUGUCGCUAUGAAGAUAUCUGCAGGUAUCCGAAACAUAAGGCUCACCUCGGAAUUCAACUAUUCUGAUGAAAGGGUCGAAGAAUUGGAGAUGAUCGACCAAGUCGACCUCGGGUUCAAUAUUACCCAUGCAGAACAUAAGCCCGGUGUCAAACGCCCUGACACAGAAGUUGAAGGCUCAGUUUCUGACAUUAAGCUCCGACUUACGCAAUAUCAGCUCCGGUCUUUGAUGGAGAUAUCUAGAUCUGUCCCAGCCGCCUUUUCUGGGGAAGGCGAUGAUGCAGAGGAGGAGGCUGCAAGGAUGGUCGACCAAGGUACUCUUCAGCGCGCCAAGAACGCGCCACCAACUGAGGUUGUCGACUCGGACCAACCACUCGUGGAUUUAUCACCUGAGCUCUCAUCCAUUGAGAAUGCCUGGACGUCUCUCGAUCUUGUGUUCAGAGUCAACACCAUCGGGCUAGAACUGGUUUUGGCUGCGGAAGCAGACGAGCCCUUGGGCGAUUUGUCUGCGUCAAGCCUGUCCCGCUUCUCUCUCGACGAAACAAAAGUCAAGACACGAAUGCUUUCCGACGGAUCGCUCGAAGCAGAGCUCCUUAUACAGUCAUUCUCCAUCUUCGAUACUCGUCCGCGCGAGUCCAACAAGUUCCGCCGCAUCAUGACAUCAAACAGUAAAGAAGCACAGCAGCUGAUGGCAAGUGUUACCAUGUCGGGUGGCAGAGAGAGGAAUCUUAUCGCGAUUGCAACUAUUGAUAGUCCUAGGGUGAUUUUCGCCCUGGACUAUCUCUUUGCAAUCCAGAAAUUUGCUGCCGAAGGCUUGAUGGUUGAUGAAUCGAGCGCCAUGGAUGAUGAGAGUGUUGGAGACACCAUUGAUGGCUCUGACAGGGAAUCCACGCAACUCACCCGGACGGCCUCACAGUCGCAAGUGUCUACAUCAAUUGCGUCUAGACAGUCAGGCGAAAUGGAGCGAAGCACCUCUGCAGUGGAAGCCAAGAAGCCAACCAUAAACAUAGCCUUCCGUGUCAAUCUGGUGGAUGCACAGGUCAUUCUAAUUGCCAAUCCAGUCACCUCUAGCUCUGAAGCAAUCGUCCUUAGCAUCAGACAGGUUCUUUUGUCGAAGCAGCAUGCUCUUACUUUCCAUGUUUCGCAGAUCGGCAUGUUUCUUUGCCGCAUGGAUAAGUUCGAGACGUCAAGAUUGCGAAUCAUCGACGACUUCUCCAUUCAACUGAAUAUGGACAGCUCUCAAGUGGAGCUGACAAAUAUUCACUUGCAAAUCGAGCCCCUCAUCUUGCGUCUAUCGCUACGCGAUAUCCUGCUUGUGCUUCAAAUUAUUGGCAAGGCAGGUGAGCUGUCAGGCACUGACACAAAAGAGCCGGAAGAGACUGCCGCUGAGCAGAAAGCUCGCAGGCUCCGUAAGGCGGGCCUGAGCCAGAGAGCGUCUAGCGGCCGUACCUCUACGAUGGUCAAGACUAAAGCUACAAAAACGACGGCGCCGAAGACCAGUAAAGCGGUACAGACAGUGAGCAGAGGUGUGACGAGACGCGAAGAGCUCUCUGCGACUGUUGAAGGAGUUCGAAUUGUUCUGAUCGGUGACUUGCAUGAGCUCCCUAUCCUUGAUAUCGGUAUCAAAGACUUCACCGCCACGGCGGAGAACUGGUCUUCAAGCCUCAAAGCCGAAGCCGCCAUUGGCAUGUACUCCAAUGUCUACAACUUCUCGAAAUCUAGCUGGGAGCCGCUUCUGGAACCCUGGCAGGUUGGCCUUGGUGUUGCACGUAAUCCCAAACCGGGACUGUUAUCCAUCGACGUCACCUCCACGAAGACAUUCGACAUUACGGUGACCACCGCAACAAUUGCUCUUGCAUCCAAAUCAUUUGAUUUCUUAACAACAGAGCAAGAUGUUCUUGGAAAACCUCGCGGAACGGAAGCACCAUACAAGAUUCGGAACUAUACCGGCUUCGGUGUCUCUCUUGAGUCAAAGAGCCCAAUCAGUGAAGAACCGAUAACUUUGCGCUUGGAUGAUGGCCAAGAAGGCCCAUGGAGUUUCGAGCACUGGGAGAAAAUGCGCGAGAACCUCUUGACCGAAGCGAAUCAAAACAACGCCGUUAUCCAGCUUGAAAACAGCGGAUUUGAUCCUGUGAAAAACGUGCUCCUGAACAGAGAAGGCGAGUUCCUGUAUGGGCUUCGACCGAAAACCAAUGGCGUACUCCACAGGCUCUGUGUUGAGGUGACUCUCGGCGAUGACAACGUCAAAUAUGUGACAUUGCGCUCUCCUUUGGUCGUAGAAAAUGCGACACAAAUUCCUGUCGAGCUCGGCGUUUAUGAUCCGCGAGAAGGACACCUCCUGAAGAUUGAGAAGAUUGCACCAGGCGAGUCGCGACCUGUCCCAGUCGGCGCAGUAUAUGAGAAAUCGGCACUCGUUCGACCUGAUGGUGGAUUCGGAUAUCAAUGGAGCACAGACAAAUUAUGGUGGCGCGAUUUGCUGGACCGACCGACGAAGCAACUUGUUUGCAAGGGUGGUAACGGAGACCCUUUCUACUUCCAAGUUCACGCAGAGUUCAGCAAAUCUAACCCGAUGACACGAGCAUAUCCCUACAUGAGGAUCAAGUUGUCGGCCCCCGUUACCAUUGAGAACCUGCUGCCAUACGACUUCAAAUACAGGAUCUACGACAAGAAUACAAAGAGGGACUGGUCCAAUUUCUUGCGCAAAGGAGGUGUUAGCCCAGUUCAUGUUGUUGAGCUGUCACAUCUGCUGCUUCUGAGUAUCGACAUGCAGGAUACAGUCUUCAAAGCAAGCGACUUCUCCAUCAUCAACCCAGGAAGGAGCGCCGACUUCCGCAAGGAGACCAAGCUUGUGGUUAAGGAUGAGCAAGGCCUACCACUCAAUCUCAGCCUGCAUUACUUCAAGAUCCCCAAGAGCGGUGGCGCUUUCAAAGUCAGCAUCUACAGCCCAUACGUGGUCCUAAACAAAUCCGGAUUGGAUAUGAACAUCAAGGCCAAGAGUCUUUUGCAAAAUGCCCGAACCGCAGCCGGACAGUCCGCACUAGUCAACCGCUAUGAUGACGAAAAUGCCAAGGCACUGCCAUUCAUGUUCUCCUACGGCAGCAGCGAAGAUAACCGCAAUCGUGCGCUGCUUAAAUUCGGAGACUCAGAAUGGAGCAAACCGCAGAGUUUCGACGCUAUUGGAAGUAACUCUGAAGUGAUCCUGAAUUCCGCGACCAAGAACAAGGAAAUUCACAUUGGUAUAACUGUCAAUUCCGGCGAGGGCAAAUACAAGAUGACCAGAGUAGUGACGCUCGCGCCACGGUUCGUGCUCGAAAACAAACUUGGCGAAGAAGUCUACGUUCGCGAGUCAAGCUCGCCCGGAUUCCUGACUCUUGCACAAGGAGCUCUUCGACCCUUGCACUUCAUGCAGAAGGGCUCCGUUAAGCAGCUCAGUCUAUGCUACGCCGGCGUCGAUAGUCACUGGACCGCGCCGUUCAACAUCGCCGACAUUGGUACGACACACAUCAAGAUUGCCAAGCCCGGUCAGCGUCAACGUCUCAUCCGCGCCGAGGUCUUGAUGGAAGAUGCUACUGUAUUCAUCCAACUAAGCAUGGAAACGAAGAACUGGCCCUUUUCCGUGCGCAACGAAAGCGACACUGAGUUUACAUUCUACCAAGCUAACCCGACUGUCGAGGAGGACGAUGACGAGGAUAGAAGUGGCUGGAAACCAAUUCGCUACAGGCUUCCGCCGCGAAGCAUCAUGCCCUAUGCAUGGGACUUCCCCGCCGCGAAAUUCCGCGAACUUGUCAUUGCGGCGGGUGGCAAGGAACGUCACGUCAAGUUGGCCGAGAUUGGCAACCAGAUUCCCAUGAAAUUUAUCGGAUCCACUGGGCAGCAAAAGAUCAUCGACAUCAAUGUGGCGGCAGAUGGACCGACGCAAACACUGAUCCUCAGUAACUUCCGCACUAGCCAGAGUGUGUACAAGCCGAAGGCUUUGUCGCGGACCAAUACUGCAACGGAUGGCUUUGAAGUAAAGGAUCAGGAUACCGGGGAGACAUUCCAUGCUCAACUCAAAUUGUCCGGCAUCGGUGUGUCUCUAAUCAACUCUCAGCUGAAAGAGCUGGCCUACGUUAGUCUGAAGGACGUCCAACUUCGCUACAGCGACUCUCCUGUUAUUCAAACUAUUGCUUUGGAAGUUAAGUGGAUGCAAAUCGACAACCAACUGUAUGGCGGCAUCUUCCCCAUGGUUCUGUACCCAAGUGUGGUGCAGAAGAAGGCGAAUGAGGUUGAUGCCCACCCGUCGCUGCAUGCUAUGGUUAGUAGAGUCAAGGAUGACUCCUACGGUGUCACAUAUAUCAAGUAUGCCUCUGUCUUGUUGCAGCAGAUGACCCUUGAGCUGGACGAAGAUUUCAUAUUUGCUCUCCUCGACUUUUCAAACGUCAAAGGCGCAAGCUGGACGACGGUUGAUGAAGAAGGCAAACUUUGCGACGACAGUCUGGACAUUCCCGAGCCGCGCCAGAUGCAGUCGGGGCAGGACAUCUACUUUGAGGUUCUCAAUAUCCAGCCAAUGCAAGUUGAUCUCAGCUUCAUGCGCACGGAACGCGUCAAUGCGGAAGAUAAGACUUCAACGCGAAACCCGCUCAUGUUUUUUCUGAACGUCUUGACCAUGGCGCUUGGCAACGUCAAUGAUGCACCGAUUCGAUUCAAUGCCCUGAUGUUGGAUAAUGUGCGUGUCACACCGCAAGUUCUGAUACAAAACAUCUCCAACCACUAUAGUCAAGAAGUCAUGUAUCAGAUCCACAAGAUUCUCGGUUCGGCCGAUUUCUUGGGUAACCCGGUCGGCCUGUUCAACAAUAUUUCGUCGGGCGUCACUGACAUCUUCUACGAACCUUACCAAGGCCUUAUUCUAUCUGACAAACCCGAAGAAUUUGGAUUCGGUAUUGGCAGAGGCGCUGCAUCAUUCGCGAAGAAGACUGUGUUUGGGUUCAGUGACAGCUUCUCGAAGUUCACUGGCAGUCUAGGCAAAGGUCUGGCGGCCGCAUCGCUAGACAAGCAGUUUCAAGACCGCCGACGCAUCACGCGUGCAAGAAACAGGCCCAAGCAUGCACUCUAUGGCGUUACCGCGGGUGCAAACAGCUUGAUCACGAGUGUUGCGUCUGGUUUUGACGGCCUGGCCCGCAAGCCACUAGAGGGCGCAGAGCAAGAAGGCGCCGUGGGCUUCCUCAAGGGCGUCGGCAAGGGCGUACUUGGUCUUGCGACGAAACCGGCUGUUGGUGUCUUGGACAUGGCGAGCAAUCUCAGUGAAGGCAUUCGCAAUACCACGACGGUCUUUGACGGAACAGAGCUGGACCGCACGCGCUUCCCGCGCUUCAUUUCCAACGACGGCAUUGUGCGCCCGUUCAAUGCCCGCGAAGCAAUGGGGCAGUACUGGCUCAAGCAAGUCGACAAUGGCAAGUACUUUGACGAGCAGUACAUUGGCCACCUCGAGCUGCCGCGCGAAGACAUGGUGGUGAUGGUGACGUAUGCGCGCAUCUUACUUAUCCGCUCGAAGCGCCUUACGAGAGAGUGGGACUGUCCGCUCAACGACAUCCAGACCAUUGCCAAGGAGCGAACCGGCGUCAGCCUGAUCCUGCGAGGCGGCGCUAACGGGCCGUUUAUCCCGGUUGGAGGCGGUAGCGAGAGGAACUUCUUAUACAAGAUGGUGGGCGUUGCAGUGGAGGAGUUUAAUCGUCGGUUUAGAGGAGGCGAGUAA